CAUUGGGUCACCAAGCUCGACGCGGGCAUCAGGUCACUAGGCACGACAGCAGGCACCGGGUCAUCAGGCAUUGGGUCAUCUGGCUCGACAGCAGGCAUCGGGUCAUCUGGCAUCAGCGGGCACCGAGUCACCUGGCAUAAUAGGAUCCUCAGGCUGGAUCAGUUCAUCAGGCUGGGUAGAGACAUCAGGCUGGGUAGACACAUCAGGCUGAAUUGUGGGCGCCGAGGCACCAGGCUGCACCACGGAAGGCGGGUUUUUAAGAUGGCAGGCUGACCGGUUUGGAUACUGGCAGGAUGGUAUUGGUUGGAAAGAAUUUUCGCCUUUUCCUGGUUUUAUUUACCGG